AUGAUAGCGAUCGCGGAAGUCCGGGUCGCGAGAAAAGCGGCGUUCCAUCACGCUCAACAAUCGGGCGGCCGCACGGCGCGUUGCGGAAAGAUCCGGGGCACCUGGCCGGAGAGGAAGGCGCACCUGGUAGCGGCCAGUAGCGUCCCGAGAAUGCGUGCGGGCGAAGUGCGCCUCGCACUCCUGAUCAUCAGGCGAAAGUGUUCUGCUAAUACCAGUAGUUCAAGUUCGAAUAUCUUUAACGAUACCUUUAGUGAGAUAUUUUCCACUGAAUCUGAUUCAGCAUCCUCAAGCGAAUAUCCUGCAGAUGAUAUACUGUUUCCAUUAUAUCAACUUCUCAUGCAUGGAAAAAGACGUACCAAAGUUCAAGGUUUCCUUGACACUGUUCACUCAUAUAGUGAUUCUGUAUUCAAGGAGCACUUUAGAUUACAGCGACGUACAGCAUAUCUUAAUAUAGACAUGCUACAACAAAGUGAUUUUAUUCCAUCUCACUCAUGUGGUAUGCCUAAAAUCUCUGCUGAAUGGAGUUUUCUUAUAUUUCUUUGGUAUCUCGCAAAUACUGAACCAUUACGAACCUUAGGAGAUAGAUUCGAUGUAUCUAUUUCCUCAAUUUUUCGUGUGAUACGUCGUGUUGUGGAAUGGCUAUUAUCAAGAAUGGAUGAAGAGAUAAAAUGGCCAGAGGGAAAUGAUGCCAUUCUUAUAACAUCCCAAAAAUUUGAGGCAAAUCGAGGAAUAAAGAAAUGUAUCGGAGCAAUAGAUUGCACGCAUAUUACUAUUCGACAGUCUGUUGAUUACCCUAGAGACUAUUGCAAUCGAAAAAGAUAUUUUUCUAUCGUGUUACAAGCUGUGGUAGACGCAGAUAUGAAGUUCACAAAUAUUUAUUGUGGAGAACCGGGUUCGCUGCACGAUGCACGUGUUUUAAGAAGAUCGUUACUCUAUGCUACUGCAGAAGAUGAUAUGGAAAGCAUUUUUCCUAAUGAAACGUGUAUAAUAGGCGAUUCAGCCUACCCAUUGCUACCAUGGCUUGUACCACCAUUUAAAGAUAACGGGCACUUGACAGUACAACAGUCUGAAUUCAAUUUUUCGCACAAUUCAACACGGAUACCAGUAGAAAGAGCAUUUGGUUAUUUAAAAGGGCGUUUCCGUCGUUUAAAAUUUUUAGAAUUACUCGAUAUUCAAUUUAUUCCAAAAUUAAUAACAGCCGCUUGUAUCAUGCAUAACAUUGCUAUCAAAGAAAAUGAUGAAAAUGACGAAUUCUUUGUUGAUGACAUUGAUUUAAAUAAUGCCGCGGAUUAUGAAAUUAACAAUUUACAAGGUAAUAGAAAUAGGAAUCAAAUAGAUCGAAGAAUGCAGAUGUUCCGUGAGCUGUUUAAUCCAGAAUAG